AUGCUUCGGUGGCCGGUGCUUUGGCUUACACUAGUGCUAACACUAGCGUUCGAGUUCGAUGUCGCCAACGACUACUCCCCCUCAUCCUCCAAUGCCACCAUUGCUGCCUUAGAAGCUGAUUCCUCGCUCUUCUGGGGGGCCUACCGACUGGGCAACUACUUCGCCACCCGGCCCAGAACCCCCUGGCUGCUCAUGCUGGGCCUCAUGUGGUUUAGUCUUGAUGACUAUGACAGCAUUGGCGACAUCCGCCACAGCUACGACCAAGGGGAUGCCCUGAUCGCCAAAGCCAACUGGAUCCAGUUUGACCCUAGAUUGGGCGGCCGUGAGGUUAUUGUUGAUAACAAGUGCCACUAUACCAUCCAAAUCGACUUUGUCAAGUCUGACGAUGGCCAAUCGUGGGCGACGAAAGUGUUAGCGACUCCCCACAAGGGGUACGAGAAUAAUGAGAUCGCGUUGGUGUGGUAUCUGGGGCUUGAAGGCGAGAAAGAUGAAGGGAAAACGGGUUAUAUUGAAUUGGAAACGGUGCCUACAGAUACUCACGUUGGUUUCCGGGGUAUUUCGGAAGAAUUGGGGAUGUUCUAUUUGGACGUUCACAAAAAAGGCCGUACCCCUAAAGUGAGCCAAGAUUUCGGCAUUGACCAGUUUAUCCCUGGAUUGCACCACUUAUCGCUUAAUGUCCCCGAUGGCAGAGUGUGGCAGGCCCGCGAUAUCUUCGCUACUUUGGUCCAGGAGCUGGUGGAAGAGGUGGUACCGUUAUUGCAAAUGCAACAACAACAGGUGCGUCCUCACCAGUUAUACAUCAUGCGCAACCUCCACCAGUACCAAGGAAACAUGCACUUUGUCCAGGGGAUCUACCAGGGCAAGGCAGAGAUGCAAAUCUUGUUCAACUCGCACUUGACUCCCGAAUCGCAGCAGUUCACUACUGAAAACCUUAAGCAGCGGAUCAAGGACACGUUGAAGAAAGUCGACAACAAGUACCACGAAGUGUUUAACUUAAACGCCCCGUUUACGUCUAAGGACCACCAGAAGUUUGCGCAAGAGUGUAUCAGUGGUCUCAUGGGUGGUCUCUCUUACUUCUAUGGAGACCAGCUUGUUGACCGCGAAACUAAGCUUGAUGACGUCGACGACGAUGAUGGUGCUGCCUUAACCCUUGACGGUAAGUUUGAAGGGCCUUAUGAGUUGUUUACGCUUGUACCGCUGCGUCCGUUUUUCCCUCGUGGAUUCUACUGGGACGAAGGAUUCCACUUGCUCCCGCUUUUACGCUACGACCCUAAGCUCGUGAUGGACAUUUUGACCUCGUGGUUUGACCUUAUCGACGACGACGGCUGGAUUGCUCGUGAGCAGAUUUUGGGCCCAGAACUGCGUAGCCGCGUACCGCCGGCGUUCCAAGUGCAGAGCCCUGAAAUCGUCAACCCUCCCACGCUUAUGUUGGCGUUCGUAUACUUGAUUGAGCAAUUGGAAGCCAGUGGCCUUGAAAACAACUUGAUUCAGCUUGAUGAGUUCCGCCACGUGUACCCGCGGUUAAAGCAACACUUUGACUUCAUCCGCACCACUCAAAUUGGCAUGAAGGACGAGUUUGACCGUCCGGGCCAGGGAUACCGCUGGCGUGGCCGCACCGCCACCCACUGCUUGGCCAGUGGGCUUGACGACUACCCGCGCCCGCAGCCGAUGGACGUGGCCGAGCUCCACGUCGAUUUGCUCAGUUGGGUCGGGGUGAUGGCCCGCUCGCUCAAAUUGGUGGCCCACCACCUUGAUAUUGGCGAAGACCAACAGUAUUUUGCCGAUAUUGAAAACCAGGUGGAGACUGAUUUGGUGGCGUUACACUGGAGCGAAGACAACGGAUGCUUCUGCGACGUUUCUGUCGACGAAGAUGACGAAGACGAACACGUGUGCCACAAGGGGUACAUCUCCAUCUUCCCCUUUAUCACUAAGCUCAUCAAGCCCGAUGACCAUGCCAAGAUCGAGCGGGUGAUCAAGUCAUUGGCGGACCCAGAAGAGCUCUGGACGCCCUACGGUAUCCGCUCGCUCAGCAAGUCUGACCCGGAAUACCGUACGGGGGAGAACUACUGGAAGCUGCCCAUCUGGAUCCAGAUGAACUACUUGGUGCUCGAUGCCCUCCACUACUACCACCCCCACGUCGACGGAGCGUUGAAGGAUGAAGUGGCAAGAGUGUACCGGGAAUUACGGGAAAAUGUGGUGAACAACGUCUACGGUCAAUGGAAACGACUGGGAUACGUUUGGGAACAGUACGACGACGAGACGGGCCACUUCAAGGGGGCUAAGAACUUCUUGGGGUGGACGUCACUGGUGGUGAUGAUGAUGGAAAUGCCCCAACACUUAGAAUGA